GGCAGAUUAGAGUACCCUGAGAAGCGAGAGGGGAGAAACAUAGAGAAGAAAAGAAGCAGUGCAAGAAACAGUAGGAGCGUGCCACCAAGCAGCAAGUAGCGACAGUCGAUACAUCAGUCAUCAGAGAGCAGCUCAGCCUCAGAGUGAAGAAGGAAUACCUGAGUGAUAUACACCAGUGGUUCCCAAACUUUUCCUGAUAUUUCAGAUGGUGGAGCAACACGAGACUCUAUGCUGAUCUUCCACACCCAUUAUCCUCAGAGGAGUUCUGUGAGAAGUGCAAAGUUUGUUGGUGGAAAUGGUAACUCACCUACUCAUCAUUCAUUCAGAGAUAAGAAUUAAAUGCUGUGGUUUGUUGUGGAAAGCAAUGGCCAACACCAAGGCCAUUCACACUGCUCAAACAUACUGCCAGCGGGUUAAGAGUAAAGCGCAGUAUAAGCACUACCUGCGCAGCCCCUACUCUCUCAUCCACCACUACUACAAGGACUUGGGAACUCUUGGAAAAGCUCAGCAGUUUGUCAGAAACUUCCCAAAACUUAAAAGGGUACCAUUGUUCCAGCUGGACCACAUCUUUAGGUUGAUAAAAGAUGAUGGCUACUGCUGGAAGGAGGUGGAGCGGUUCAAGGAAGUGCUGCUCCUCACCCCAUUACAAUACAAGCUUCGUGUCCAGCUCCUGCAGACUCUCUCCUUGUCUCAGCCGUCGUUAUACUAUGUCCCAUGGAUGACUCUGUUGAUGGACAGUACUGUGAAGUUCUCAAGGGAAGACCCCAAGAGCAUUUUUAAAUCUGACCCAAUAGAGCACCUCAUUGCAAGCAGCACUGACCUCAACCUGCCAGAGUCCACCCUGCAGGCUGCCCGUGACCUUUCCAACAGUGAUGAUACAGUCACACUGAAGCAGGUAUUCUUGUAUCUGCUCAAGCAUUACUUGGCUCAUAGGUUCUCUGAAGACACAGAAGUGGUAGGAUCUUUCCUGCAUUCCACCCUAGCUACCUAUCUGUGGAAGCCUUUGUAUCAUUAUCCUGUGCUGUGUGACCUUUUCAUUGACAGUCUGGAAUUGAACUUCUCUGAGGUGCAAAAACAACCACAGUUAUUUUACCUGGAUCCAACAAAUACCAAAGAGAUUCUAGAGAAGUUCCCCAGUAUUGGAGGCACUCCCACCAGGGAGGUGGCCAAGGCAGUGCCCAAGGUGCUACAGAUCCCUGCAUCUCACUUAGUAGCCUGGCUCAGACUGCUUCAGAAACACAAAGUGCAUCCAUUUACUUGCACCUACCACACAGUAGCUUUGUUCAAGACUAGUUGGUUCUCAGAGGUUGGUGAGAGACUGCAGACCUUGAAGCAACUUCAAGAAUGGGAGUUUAUUAUGGUAUCUGAGAAGAUGUUUGAGCUGCUGAGGAGCCAGGAGCAGAUAAAGAAUGUGCUCAACAGUGUGGAGUCUGGUCGCAUCAUCACAAGUCUCUCUGUUGCAAUGACGCAUGCCCAGCACACCAAUCGCCAUCUGUGCCGCAGUGCGACGCCAGAAGUUGUGUCUUAUGCGGCCACUGCCCUUGGUCUGCCUCCUGAAGAGAUCAGGGAGGUGUUGGAGGAGGAGAUCUUUACCCCUUAUGGCCUUGUGAACUUCAAGACAGUGUUGUGGCUGCUGCUGGACUAUGGCUUCACCCGAGAACAGGUGUUGGCAGGAGCCUUGGUGCUCAAUAUGGAGGCAGCAGUUGUGGAACAAGUCCUGAAAGACCUGCACACCAGGCCAGAAGUCCAGCCCUUUGCUGAGUGGAUGGAGAACCCUUUCAUACUGCAUUUGGUGGCCUACUGUGUUAGGAAAGACUUUCCUCACAUGGGGAUACAUAUAAAGAAUAAAAACUCAUGACCAUGA